AUGCACUGGUUGGCAGCAUUAGACAGCGCCGCAGAGCGGUUUGAUGGCGGUCGUCGGAGCUUUCCUCUGGCCAGCGAAGCUGACUUCGUUCGCAACUACGCGUACGAGCCGCCGAAUGAGGACUACGAGAAGCUCUUCUUCUGCCAAGCGACCAUCUCACGCUCGCAGCGUGAUCCAGGUGCUCGUCCGCACAGCGCAGGAUGGCUGAUCCCCACCCGUGACGAUGCCAGCGUCUGCAAGCCCGUCUUCAUUGCCCACUCCGUCUUGUCAGCGAUCUGGCUUCUGCGCGAGACGCUCGCCGACGACGUCCUGCCUGACAAUAUCUGGGAUCGUCUGGUCUGCGCGGCCGAGUCGCUUGCGGAGGACGGGAUGGAAGAGCCGCCGUCUGCGCAGAAGCCCUUUGCUUCCCCUUCACAACAGGCCUCCGCUCCACCCCCGCAACAAAAGAAGCGGCCACACCUAUCUGCGCCGGCCCCUACACUAAAGCGCGCUCGAACAACCACCAAUAAGACACAUCCAGCCAGCCCUUAGCUGUCACAGCCUAGCGAACCGGAUGAGCAGCUGAAAGACUCCCCUCUGCACAUCACUACCAUCUCUAACAACAACCGCCGUGCGGAGCAAAAACGCAGCAGGACACUCGCCACUUCGCGUGCGAAGAAGCGGCUUGCCCUUGGUCUGGUAGCACCUGGCAACAAGGCUCCUCUUCCAGAGCAGGCUGCCUACACCUCUAUUGUGCAAAAGGACGAGUCCGUCGUUGCCUAGAUCAUCAAGCAGCCGGUCUCUGAUGACACGGACUUCUACAGCUCCACCCAAACUCCCUACCUCACGGCCUGCACCCUUCUAGAGAAAGCGCGCGUGCUUGGAAACCAGUCCUCUCGGUACCACGCUGCCCAGUUCCUGCAGGCUUGGCGAGAACGUGGCUCACCCUUCAGAGGUGGCAGCGAGCUCGCUGGCAGCCAGAGCAGGACCGGUGCGGGAGCUAAGCGCUUGCAGCUGCUGAGUGUGCGCAACAAUGCUGACAGGGAUUUCUGCUUUGCCUGGAACAUGUGCACACGUUACGAAGCAGAGCUAGCAGCUGUCCAUAUCGAGUCUUGAUGGGCGUCAGCUCUCCUAGGUCAAGCAUACUCUAACAAGAUAGCGCAGAUCUGGCAUAACGACUUUGUAUCUAGCAACGACAGGACGCGAAAUCGAUACGGAAAGGGACAGAUCCGCACAGAGGCAGUUGCAGCGCUAGUAGAGUUAGUUAGUCCCAACGCCACUGAGAAGGACAAGCAGGUGUUUAGACGACGGUUAGGCCAAGCCAUGCGCUGGUACUCCAUUAGUCAGGAGCUAGGCUGGGGCAUUCUGACCCUGAUACCACACGACGAGAUUGCGAAUCGCUGGAUAGAACGCACCCUCCGUGUAGGCCAGCUGCAUGUCUGGAUUGAGCUACUUAAGAAGGAGUGUCCAGACAUUUGUGCAGCUAGCAAGGCACUUGAGAACUGGUUAGGGCCAGAGGGAAUUGCUGGCGGGCCCAUCAACGAGAAGAAAACGCUGAGCAUUGAGGCGGAGGCGCCAGCAACCAUCUACGAGGUGGAAGAGAUUCAAGACAGCGAAGACGACGAAACUGACAACAGCGUUGACGACAGCACCAGAGAGCAAAGUCAUGCUUCGCCGAAGAGUCCUACGCCAGCUCCGCGGUUGCGUCAGCUAACUUUGCUUGAAUUGUUCCAUCCUGUAGAGUAG